ACAGCAUCUCAUUUGAUGAAGAGAUGCUUUCUGAAGCACAUUUUACAAGCAGGGAGGAAGCGGGAUCCAGAAGCUCCAACUCCAAGAGGAAGGAUGGCAACAGAUUUUACUGUUCAGAGUGUUCUGGUAACAGGAUCAAGUAAAGGCAUUGGCUUAGGUCUGGUAAAGCAGUUUCUGAUGCUGCCAACCCCACCCCAGUGGGUCUUUGCUACUACUAACCAAGACAUGGAUGGACCAAAAAACAAGGAGGUAAAGGAGUUGGCAUCCCUGCAUCAGAAUCUAGUAUUACUGCAUUUAGAUGUCACAGAUCUCAAGAGCAUCAAAGCAGCUGUAGAGCAAGUGCAAAAGUAUGUUGGAGAAUGUGGGCUGAACCUUCUGAUGAACAAUGCUGGCAUUCAUCUUGAAAGCACACUGGAGACAGAGAAUGCGAAGGAUAUGGCAGCCGAAUAUGCCAUCAAUACUGUUGGGCCACUACAAGUGAGCCAGGCAUUUCUGCCCCUGCUGAAGAUGGCAGCUCAAAGAAGCCCCCAGGAAGGGCUGAGCUGCAGCAAGGCAGCCAUUAUUAAUACAUCCAGUGCUGGAGGUUCCAUUGAAGUUGUGCUCCUGUGGAAUGUGAUGCCGGAUGUUGGCUAUCGCUGCAGUAAGGCUGCUUUAAACAUGCUCACCAAGUGCCAGUCACUGGCAUAUCCAGACUAUGGAAUUCUGUGUGUUUGCAUCCAUCCUGGCUGGGUAAAGACUCGUAGAAUGGAUGCGGACUUGACUGUAGAAGAAAGUACACGAGGAAUCAUGAACGUGCUGUCCACGCUUUCUGAGGAGGAUAAUGGUACCUUUGUGGACUGGGAAGGACGUAGAGUACCCUGGUGAGGGAUUUGCCUCACAAUGCCAAGGAGCUUACUACAUGGUCUACAGAGCCUCCAAUAAAUUACCUGAGUCUCAAGAAAAA